CAGGUAUCCGACCUUGAAGUGGCAAAUUGUCCAAUAUCUGCACGCGAUCUCACUAUUAUUGUGUGCUUGUAGAUCUUCUUCAGAAAAUAAAUUUUGAUUUUCCUCUAUCAGGUGGAAAUACAAUUUCUUUUCUUCAAAAUGCCACUGAGGAAAUCCCUUCUGCAUUGAAAGAAUCAAUUAAUGCACUGUUUAAAGUUAAAGCAUCUUUUAUCAUCACAUAUAAAUCCAUUUAUCAUGAAUAAUAAAAUUAUUACAGUUAAAGAUGCAAGUUUAAAUUUAAGUUCAAUUGUUCAACUAUUGAAUCAAGGCGGUGUUAUAGCUCUUCCAACAGAUACUAUCUACGGGUUAGCAUGUUCUGUGUAUAAUACUGAAGCUAUUGAAAGAAUAUGUCGUAUAAAAGGUCGUUCUGAAACAAAACCAAUGGCUAUUUGUUUAGAUCAGGUAUCAAAUAUCUCACAUUGGUGUGAUACAAAACAUAUUCCAUGCGGUUUAUUAUCUGACCUGUUACCUGGUCCUGUGACUGUCUUACUUCCACGUUAUGGUGGUGGUGGUGUUGGUAAUGUCAACAACAAAUGUCAACAAGAUCCAUUAAAUCCCCGUUUAAAUCCAACAGAGAAACGUGUCGGUGUACGUAUUCCAGAUUCUGGUUUUAUACGUAAAUUAAUAUCAGCUUUACAUGGAGAAAGGAAACAAUCGGAUUCUGUUGUCAGUGACAAUGGUCAUGAUGUUGGUCAUGGCAGUGGUGGCGUCGGCGGCGGUGGUCAUCCAUUGGUAUUAACCUCAGCCAAUUUAAGUGGACAGAAAUCAGCACUUCAAAUUGAGGAAUUCUCCGAGCUUUGGCCUUCAAUUGAUCUGAUCAUUAAUGGUGGUCCAAUACAAACAUCAUUAAAUUCUGAUUGUAAUCGAGCUGGUUCAACUAUUGUCGAUUUAUGUCAAUGUGAUCAAUUGCUGUAUUCUAUCAUACGAGAUGGAAGUGCUCUUGAUUCUACAGUCGACAUACUGGAAGGUCGUUAUCAUUUGACAAGAACAAAUUCUUGAUUCCUGAAUAUCAGCUCUUCAUCACAUGAAAACUGAUAUUUCUUUGUAAAUUUUCUUUCUAUAUAUAUUUGUGUAAAGUGUAUGAUAAUGAUGAUUUUUGUACAGUUCUUGUCGUAAAUGCUGGAAAAAAACCAAAAUGAAACAUUGUGAGUGUAUGAGGUGUUUUUUUCUUGUUUUAAUCAAAAGUCAUUGUUUUAAUGCAUACUUUUUUCCGCGGGAUUUUUGAAAAUAUAUAGGCAACACGUCAUUGUUCACUCUCCCUCGGACGAAUGAGUCUGUUUACUGCACCAAUUCAUUCACCAGUUGUAUAUUUUGGAAAUUAUAUUGGAAGGAAUCUCUCCUAUCCUCAGCUGUUCAAGGAAUAUAGGAAAGUGAACAUAAUCCUAUUUUUUCAACUAACCGUAGUUUCUCCACUGUAGAUGUUACGUCAACUGAGGUGUUGAAUAUUCUUAGGACGAUUGAGGAUAGAAGAGAUUCCUUCCUGUAUAAUUUCUAAAGUAUACAACCAGUGAAUGAACUCGCCGGACACACAGACUCACUCACACGAGGGAGAGUGAGAAAACAAAGUGUGAGCAAUUACGUGUUGCGUAUGUUUUUAAAUCCCGCGGCAAAAAUUCUGUAUUAAAACAACAAGAAAAUACCUCAUAUGCUCACAAUGUUUCAUUUUGUUUUGUUUUUUACAUUUACAAUAAGUACUGUACAGAGAUCAUCUUUAUUCCAAACUCUGUAUUUCUCCUUCUUCCUGUUGCUUUGAUACAUCACUAAGUGUCAAUUUCUUUAGUCACUUGUGCUGGUGUGACUAUCUUAAUUUUCCGAGUUUAUUUAUUGACAUAUUCACUCAGGGAUUGUUUUAUGUAUGUAUGAUUUAUGCUAAUAAAUGACGUGUGUACAGUUA